AUGCCUUUGGACGUGUGGAUCUCGUACGAUGAGCGAACGAGGAAAUUCUUAGUCAACGAUGUCGCCAGAGACCUUGGGGACCAUGCGAAGGCCCCGAUUUUGUUCUCGGAGGCUAAGCGAUACUUUGGCCAAAGAGACGCGGAAACACUACCACCAAAUGAACAAGCGAUUGCGGACGCAAUUCCAGUACCAGAGAUCCAACCCGACCAAACCUCGGACAAAGCUUGA